GAACAUGAUGCACGCCACGUCUGAUUGCAUCAGCAUAUACAUGUGUGGUAUCUUUGCCGAUAGCAUGUCAGAUCAAAAGUGGCAUCGAUAUCCCCGAGCUCGGGUCAGGCCCGACGGCACUAGGAGGCGCACCCGCAAUGAACUGGCUGCCCGCAGUGCUCGCCGCAAUGCCCCUGGCAAUCAAAGGGAAAGAGCCGACACUGCGGCCCCCCGUGCUCAGGAGAUGAAUCAGCAGCCCUGGCGACAAGCGGCCGAUCGCGAGAGCCGACAGCCACACUGGCAGAAUGCGCGGGGAGCCGACGCUCGGCCCCGGGAUCAACAUCAGGACUGGGACGAAGAUGAUGAGGACUACCAGUUUGACACCAGUGACCGGCGCGAAGUGCAUGCGACGGAAGACGAAGAGGGCUACCUCAAGAUCUGGUGGCAGGGAGAAUGGUGGUUCCGGCAGAAACCGCCAGACCCACCGGCAUCGCCAAAGAAGAGACAGCAGGGCCUCAAGCAGUUCGUCCCCCCUGCCCGAGACAGUGUGCCUCCACAAUCCUUGAGAGCCGUGCGUGAGAAGUGGAACCUGCUGGCCAUCAUCGAAGAUGACAUCAAUGUCCUGCGCAAAAAGAAGGUCGCCCUCAUGUUCAAAACUUUCUUCGAAAUGGGGCACUUCGUCAAGCAUCAUGACGACUUCCACCACUCGGAGUCCCUGAAGAUCAUCCCGGCCGCAGGCAACUGGAACCUUGCGUUUGCCAUGUGCCUGAUUUCCAGAGACAAGCUCCACUACGCGAACCACUCCACCUUCGGCACAGCUGUGGAAUGCUGGUUAUGGAGCCUGUCCAAAGAUGCGGACUUCGAGCCCAUCCUCACCCAGUUCGCCGGCAUGCUGCACAGCGUCAUCGCACUGUUUGAGGGAGUCCCCAUGUCGCUGCAUGAACAAAUCCAUUGGUUCGAUAGUCAUCAAGACCUGGCAAUCAAAUUCGACUACUACUUCCCCACCGAGCAACUGAAGGAUGAUGAGCAAAUUGUCCGUGUGGCAAUUCAGGACCAAACCAGCCAGGACAGCAGAGAUGAUGACAUGCCGGACAGGACCUCCGAGCACAUGGGAAACACGGCUCCUGCAACCAGGACUGCCGAGCUGGCUUCGUCUGAUGCCUAUGUGGAGAUGGAGGUUGACUACCCAACGGGGCAAACGCCACCAAAUCAAUCUGGCAGCAUCCCCCACUCCCCGCGCAGGGUCGAGAGAUAUAACAUCUACACGGAGACGACCUACGCCAGCAGUGAUGGCACCUCUCUGCCCACGCCAGCACGCGAUUCGGCCCCCCUUGGGGAGCCGACGAAGCUCUACUGGAAACUGGAUCAGUCUCUCUGCUUGACGUUCGACGAGGCAGGGUGGACCAAGGUGUCAGACCUUUUACGUACCUCCAUCAUGAAGGAGAAGGGGGCAACCCUCAACUACAUCCGCUCGGUGGUCUACUGGAACGACAAGCAACGCUUCGCGCUCGAAUGGCGCGGUGCCGAUCUCUACAUCAGGGCGGUUCAAGGUCACUCCAAGAAAGGAAUACGUGAUGAAGCGGUCAUGCGGCCCCUUGGGGAUGCCGAGUUGCCGGAGCACGUCCUCCAUGCAACCAACUGGGACUUCUACGGCUCGAUCUUGGCGAAGGGCAUCAUCACGGGAGGCCUCUCCCAGUCCCGGACACACAUUCAUUGCGUGUCAGUAGACAAAAGUGAAUAUCGGAAUUACCCCGCGCAUUGUGACAUCGCAAUCAUACUCUCCCCGAAAGAAUCGGGGGCCGUCUGGUUCCGUUCAAUGAACGGCUACUAUUUAACCCGGGGUGCCGAUGGCAAGCUGGCCCCGCAUUGUAUAAAGGCCGUCAGGAUCCUGGCAUCGGGAGAAGAAGUUUUUGGCUCAGAGGGGCCACCGGCUGCUGACCUCGUCAUGCAGGCCAUCGUUCGGACUAUGAUCGACGAGAUGUCCCAGACGCACAUCACCGAGCCGCGCUGGUCCCAAGUCCAGCGGCUGGGCCCCAAGCUUUCGAAGUCUCUUCUGGAUGUGGAUCCUUAUCCUUUGUGGCAAUACGUAAUCACCACAACAGCAUCGGGUGGAUCGCCAAGAGAUCGCUGCGACGAGCUCGCGCACGAGCCUAUGCCACAGGCGGCCUGGCAAGAACUCAUGUCAUGGUUAAGUGAGAAACCAGAUGACUUUGACAUUGUGUUCGUGCAGGAAACACACUGGAAACAGGAGGGGUGCCGCACCUUCUCGUCCGGCCCCUGGUUCGUCGUCUCCUCAGGGGCUACAGGCAAAGACAAAUGCUCAGGAGUUGCCACUCUGAUCCAUCAGAAUAUCUGCAAGCAAGAUAAUGUUAGCUACAGGGUUAUUAGGCAAGGCAGAGUACUCUCGGUUCGACUACAUCACCAACAGAACGGCUCCGAUCUUCUGAAUGUCUACCAGUAUGUGUGGAGGACAAACAUUGACAAAGCCGAGAACCUGAAAGCUCGGGCCUCAAUCUGGGAUGCGAUACGGUCUAGCAUCAUGAAGAGUCCACAAAGGAACGACUUGAUUAUUGCGGGAGACUUCAACUGCUCCAUCAAAACCUCGAGGGGAUUGAUAGGUAGUGCCGUGGUUGCCAAAGUAGAGGGAUCGCCUGACGAAGAUGACUUUCUCGGAAUACUCCAGGACUUCGGCCUCACUCUCCUCAAUACGUGGAACUGCACUCCGGCACAUACGCAAUGCAUCCAAGAAUCCAUUGCACUGGCAGAUGACCGGGCUAAGAAGUUAAAGCACCUCAUCGACGCGGACAUUCAGAAGCUGGACCCUGACUUGCAUCUUCACAGCUUCACGCGGCAGGUGGAUGAGAUCGUGAAAGAACACAUGCAAACCGUCUACCCUCCAGAACCUGCAGUUGACAACCGCGUUUCGCAAAAUCCGCAGUUUAAGCACACCGCGAAAGAAAUGUGGGCUAAGUACAAGGAAUGGAAAUCCACCAAAGCGAACAGCUUAAUCGAAACUCUCCGGAAAUGGAAAAAGUACACUGAGUUUCGCGUGGCCUCUAAAGCGAUGAAACAAACUGCCAAGAAAAUUAAACGUGAAAAGCUGCAGGCUGUCGCCGAGGACCUACAAGCAGCUGCCGCUAAGGGCGAUCAAAGGAAAACUACCUUUUCGCAAAGGGGUGCCGAAGAUGUCGGCCCCGGCAGCAGUUUGGAGAUUGUUAAAUGCGCAGGAGGCAUAUGCUUCUCCCUUGACCUUGAGGGGGCGUUCGACAAUGUACCUCGCACUGCCCUUGCCACUAGCCUGAGACGACUAGGGGUCUCCGAAACGCUGGUGCAACUACUUAUGCAGUUCCAUUUUGAGGCAAGGUAUCACUGCUCAGUUGGCGUUCAUGAGGACCACGUCACGACCACACGAGGCAUCAAACAAGGCUGUACGGUCGCGCCGUAUUUGUUUGUGGCACACACAAUUGCUAUCAUUGACACACUAGCGGAGCGCCUAGGCUGGGACUGGGUAACGCAGCUGUUCACUUUUUACGCCGACGACGCCUUAGCCGCAUGGACGUUAAAAAGCGCCGAAGACCUUCAGGGUGCCAUUUGCGGCAUCCAAAAAGUCGUGCAAACCUUUAACGACCACGGUAUGACUCUCAGCGCAACCAAAUCGGUCGUGCUGUGUCACGCCAAGGGAGCAGAUGCCAUUAGGAUUUUGCAGAAACUUAAAGUCUUCAAGGACAAACUCCCACACCUUGCCUUCAUGCAACACGGCGAGCAGAUUCUGAUCCCUCUCAGGAAAACACAUCAGUACCUAGGUACCGUCAUUUCCUAUAGAGACGCCCAGGAGAAAACUGUUCAGCUACGUAUGCGUAAGGUACCAAAUCUGGAGAGCCGGGGUGUGGAGCUCAGCAGCGCACGGGCUACUGGCGGUGGGCGUUAG